AUGGGCGGACCCAUGGGCAAACGCAUCGAUCGGGGCGCGCCCACGGGUUAUUUUGAGGCGCUCAACCGCACACAGAAGCUGAAUCUAGCACCGUGGAUCGAAUCUGACGGUAACAACACAGUAGAAGCUGACGGGCCACCCACAAACAGUCUCAAUCAGACGUAUAUACAGUGGGCCAACACAUCAUUUGGUGGUUAUGACCCGCAAAAGCAUGCCACCCUGUCACCAUUGACGUCGUGGAUACUGUACGGUCCGGACACAACGUCUUCGAGUACCGAUAUGGCUCUGAACAGCAGCAGCGGUGUGGUCAUACCCCCACUGUGGCAACCUGAGCUCGAGCUGGGCACGGUAGCUGCGGCGCUUCUUAGCCAUUUCAAUACAACGCAGUGUGGUGCCCCUCAGGCACCGGGGUUGGCAAAGCGGCACCACAGGCGGAAUUCACAGUGGCAUGGUUGA